AUGGCAACGCCGAACGAUGCCGAGAAGUUCAGUCAAGAUGACCUUGAGCACACCUUAUCCAACAAUAUGGGAGAAGUCAUCGACCAGAAUCAAUUGAAGCGUGAGUUCAAGCCUCGACAAGUCUUCAUGUUCUCUAUUGCUUGUGCUAUUGGUACUGGACUCAUUAUCGGCUCGGGAACCGCCCUAUCAAGAGGAGGCCCUGGAAGCAUCCUCAUUGGCUACCUGUUAAUUGGGGCCACUGUCUUUUUUAUUAUGUCCGGCCUAGGAGAGAUGGCGGCCUUUCUUCCUAUGAAUAAAGGAUUUGGCGGGUAUGCGAGUCGGAUGGUGGACCCUGCUUUUGGCUUUGCGACUGGAUGGAACUAUUUCUUCAAGUACAUAAUUGCAACGCCAACGAAUCUUACAGCUGCCGGUCUCAUUAUCCGAUACUGGAGACCGGACCUCAACGUUGGAAUCUGGAUUGGCGUAUUUGGGGCAGUCAUCGUUUGCAUCAAUUUUUUGCACGUGUCCAAACUCGGCGAGACGGAAUUCUGGCUUGGCUGCGCUAAGAUUCUCAUCAUGAGCAUGCUGAUCCUCUCAUGUCUCGUGAUAGCGCUUGGCGGUGGUCCGAACCAUAGAAGAAGCGGCUUUCACUACUGGAGCGACCCUGGUGCGUUCAAAGAGUAUAUCUUGGAAGGGCCUCGCGGAAGGUUCCUAGGCGUUUGGGCUUGUAUCUGUCAAGCAUGCUUUGCUUUUACUGGCACAGAGGUUGUUGGGAUGACCUUCGGCGAGACACCAAACCCAAGGAAAAAUAUUCCUAGAGCUAUUAAGCAGACAUUCUGGAGGAUUGCUGUGUUCUACAUCUUUGGCAUUAUUGUCCUCGGGAUGGCUGUUCCCAGCGAUAAUGAUAUGCUAAUCGGGGCUACGAAGAAGUCUACGAGCGCAGAUGCCUCCCCGUUUGUUGUUGCUAUUCGUCUUGCUGGCAUUUCUGUAUUUCCUGACAUCGUGAAUGGCUCUCUGCUGGUUUUCACACUCAGUGCGGCAUGCACAGACAUUUACUGUGCGUCUCGUUCUUUGUAUGGUCUGGCUCGCGAUGGGCAAGCGCCGAAGAUCUUCGCUAAGACGCUCAAGAAUGGAAACCCAGCUUGGGCUGUAGCUUUGUCUUCAUUAUCGAUCAUUUUGGGCUUCUUGAAUAUCAGCAAGUCAGCCGGAACCAUCUUUCAAUACUUCGUCAGCCUUGUUACCAUAUUCGCUGUCCUUAAUUGGAUGGCGAUUCUGGUUUCUCACAUUUCAUUCCGCCGGGCGUUGAAGGCCCAAGGCAUCUCUCUUGAAGACCUCCCCUACGCCGCUUUCGGUCAGCCCUGGGGAUCAUAUUAUGCUCUCUUUAUGUCAUGCAUGAUCCUGCUUUUCAGCGGGUACGACGCCUUUAUGCCGCAUUUCAAGGCUGAUCAGUUCGUCCUGAAGUAUCUCGGUAUAGCUAUCUUUGCGAUUAACACGAUUCUUUGGAAGUUCUGGAAGGGUACAAAGAGAGUCACGGCCAGUGACAUGGACAUUGCCACCGGGCGUAGAGAGUAUCAGGAGGCCGAGACUGCUACAGAACAGCAAUGGAACAAGGGCUUCUGGAAGAAGAUGGUGAACAAGCUGCGGAAGUAG